UAUGAAUCGGCCACACUUUCCCAUCUCUUAUCACUUACUAGUUACUGCUACCCACUUUGUUGACCAAUACUGCUGAGAAGUGAAAACUCACAAAAGUCAACCUUCCCUUUAGUAAUCAAAUCAUCUUAACUUCACGAUUGCUGGAGCCUCUUCAUCAUUUUGCAGGGGAGAAGUCCAAAUUCAAUUUACAACCAGUAAGCAGUGAGAAGAUCAUGAGGUCUACACCUACAACAAAUCAUCAGCAGCAGAAGCCACAUGCUGUGAUACUGCCAUUCCCAGCUCAAGGCCAUGUCAACCCACUAAUGCAACUGGCCAAGCUCUUACAUUCCAAAGGCUUCCACAUCACCUUCGUCAACACCGAGCACAACCACCGGCGCCUGGUCCGAACCAGAGGCCCUGAAUCCGUCAAGGGUCUCCCCGAUUUCCAGUUUCGAGCGAUCCCCGAUGGGCUGCCGCCGUCGGACAAGGAUGCCACUCAAGACCCUCCUGCCAUUUCUCACGCCACGCAGAACUACUGCCUGCAACCAUUCAUGGAGCUGAUGGCAAAACUCAAUUCAACUAGCUCUGCGGAAGUUCCUCCAGUUACAUGUAUGGUUUCAGAUGGAAUCAUGACCUUAGGGAUCAAAGCUGCCCAAUUGUUGGGGAUCCCCCACGCUACAUUCUGGACUGCCUCGGUUUGUGGCCUCAUGGGUUAUUUGCAAUUUGGUGAGCUCAUUGGAAGAGGCAUAUCUCCUCUCAAAGAGGCCAAUUUCACGGAUGGAACACUUGAGAUGCCUUUGGAAUGGAUUCAAGGAAUGAACAAUAUCCGUCUGAGGGACCUUCCAAGCUUUGCAACAACGACUGCUGCGGCAGAUAUAAUGUUCAAUCACCUGAAAACUGAAGCAGAGAACUCGAUGAAAUCGAACGCGAUUAUCUUCAACACUUUCGACGCAUUUGAGGAACAAGUGCUAGCCGCUAUUAGCACCAAGUUUCCUCGUGAGAUCUACACAAUCGGUCCACUCCACUUGCUUGGUAACGCGAUGUCGGAGCCCAAAAGCACUGAAACUAGCUCCAUCAGUUCAAACUUCUGGAAAGAAGACCAUGAAUGUACGAAAUGGCUCGAUGGAAGAGAGCCGCAGUCGGUCGUUUAUGUCAACUACGGAAGCGUGACAGUCAUGUCCGAAGAGCACAUGAAGGAGUUCGCGUGGGGGCUUGCAGAGAGCAAGCGCCCGUUUCUGUGGAUUGUGAGAGGAGAUGUUGCAAUGGGGGAUUCAGCAAUGUUACCACCAGAGUUUCUGAAAGAAAUCGAGGGUCGUGGGUGCUUAGCUAGUUGGUGCACGCAGCAGGAAGUGCUCUCGCAUCCUGCUGUGGGCGCUUUCCUGACGCAUUGUGGUUGGAAUUCGGUGAUGGAGAGUGUCUCGGCUGGCGUCCCAAUGAUAUGUUGGCCCUUUUUCGCGGAGCAGCAGACGAACUGCAGAUAUGCUUGCAGCGAGUGGGGGAUUGGGGUGGAGCUGAGCCAUGAUGUGAAGAGGAAUGAGGUUGUGGAUGCGAUUGAGGAGACGAUGAGUGGAGAGGAAGGGAAGGUGAUGAAGCGUAAGGCCCUGGAGUGGCAAAAGAAAGCGAGGGAAGCUGUUGGAGUUGAAGGGUCUUCCUUCAAUAAUUUCAUGAGAAUCGUUGAAGAUCAUAGUCAUUGAUACGGAAGGGCACCUUCUAGUUUCCCCCGCGGCUGCUGAACGGGCGGACGAGUGUGGAGAGAGCAUAAUCCUUGUUUUAAUUAUGUUUGCAGUCGGUCUUUGCAUUCUGAUAUCAUUGUAGUUUGACAUGAGUAGUGCCUGCCCGCCCAGGGAAGGGAAUCAACUCUAUCUCACUUUGUAAAUAAUCAUCAACCAUCAUCUUUGGUCAAUUCUGCCGUUUCAAAGCCAACACUAGCCCCAAGCACAUCAUCAGAGGGCUGGUUGAAGAUGGCCGCAAUGUUCACGUAUCUCAUGAAUUGCAAACAUCUGUCUUCGAUUUAGCACUCACCUCCAGAAUCAACUUUCAAUAAGCUGUUUUUAUGACU